UACACAUCCGUUGGCGAGGAAAGAGUUCGAGCGAUUAAAAUAUUUAAUAUUGGUACCUUUAAAGAAUACUAGACAGGGCUUUCCAGUCAAUAGUCAAGUGGUCAUAUAGCCACACAUUAUAAAGCACAAAUAAGAACUACAAAAUGGCCGAGUGCGAGGAAGAUAAAAAUACAAACAACGAAGUUCAUCCUGAUAUAAAUGACUUUGGGGAAGAUCUGCCACGGUUCCCGCUUGGCAAGAAAAAGGGGGAAAAAUUCGGCUUGGCAUUGGCGAAAAAGAAGCGGAUCAUUGAAAUAGCGCAGAUGCUGCAGGCGAUUGCUGAUUUCGGUGUUGAAGCUGAGCAAGAAAGUCUAGUGGAAGAACAGACAGCUGAGAGGAAGUUAAGGAGACAAGUAUCAGUCAGAACAUACUUUUCAAGCUGUUUAGGAAAAGUUUUCGAGACUUUAGACAUUGUGCUGGUAUGGUUGGAGCAAUCGUCCAAGCAGCUAAAAGACGAGAGAAGUCAGGCCCGUCUUCAAACCGACGAAACAGAUGCGGGAACGGAAGAUUGUGAUGAUAGUCAAACAAAGGCCUUUUGUGACUACAAUGAAAAGAGGGAAGGUGUAUUAAGAGGAUUGUAUCAUAUUACAGGUCUUGGUUCUUUUCCAUGUCGUGUUGGUUUGCUCGAACUUGCAUGCAAGUUCCUUGAUCUGCCAGAGAAUCCGUACGCUGCCAAGCGAGAACAUGUGAAAGAAUGCCUCAGACAAGUUGAAGAACAGAAAGAAGAAGUGUUUGAACUGAUAGAAAAGGCAUGCAAGAUCUUGGAGGAGAUCACCAGAGAUCCCCAAGUCAACCAGAGCAAAGCAGCUGAAUUCAACAGCACCGUGCGCCAGGCAAAUGUCCUUAUUGACUCAUGCAAUGAUUUCUUAUCUCUUGCUGACAAGACCAUCGAUGAACUAAUACAAAUAAUGAGGACGAUGAAAAUCUUCUCUCGUGUUUUGCGUUUUGCUGGCUUCGGAAUAACUUGUUUAGGAUUAUACCAAAUGAGGCCAGCCAACCCUGCCAUGAAAUACUUCACGUUUGCCACAGCAACUGCUGUCGCUGCGGGUUAUGGAUGGUUAUCCUUGUUUCCUAGCAAAGUCUAUGGAUUCCUGGACGAUCUCGAAAAAUUCAAGUUCAAGCACGCACGUCUCACCCUUGAGAUUAACCGCUUAGAUCGAAGACUGAAAAAUGCUGUGAAAGAUUUUGACGAUAAGUCAAAGCAGCAACAAAGUUGGGAAGACAGUAUUUAGAUGAGGUCAUAAGAUCCGCGAAGG